AUGGCUUCCGACAUCUACCAGUAUCUGCCUCUUGCGGCGCCAACCAGUAUACGUCUUCUGUGCUUGCUCCCAGCCGAGGACCCGACGUCUCCGAUUCACUGCCGAGUCCUUGACUACAAUCUCUCGAUCCCUGGCGGAACACACUUGUACGAAGCUCUGUCUUACGCCUGGGGGCAAGGGGGCGAAAACCAGCACCACGUUGUCGUUGACGGAAAGGAGCUUGCUGUGACACCAAACCUCCAUGCCGCCCUGCUGCACCUUCGAAAUGCACAGCUACAGCGCAUUCUCUGGAUUGAUGCCAUCUGUAUCAACCAGCGGGAUAUCCCCGAGAAAACGAAGCAAAUUCAACUCAUGGCCCAGAUCUACAGCAAGGCGGCACGGGUUAUAGUCUGGCUCGGUGAAGCAGAAGACGAUGGGGACAAAGCACUCGAGCAGCUCCGUCAGCUUGCAUCCGAUGAUACAAAGGAUGGUGAUACACCCAACCGAGAGGUCAUUUCAUUGCUUCGGCGGUCGUGGUUCAGGCGCAUUUGGGUCGCGGCCGCACGAAGUAUUGUCAUCAAAUGCGGAUCAGUUGAGAUUGAUGGCCAUGCUUUCGCCGUCGCUCUCGACUCCAAGCUGCUGCCUCGCAUCUGCCAUACCUUGCCCCCAUUGCACAGUCUUGUACAGUCGUUGACGCACCUCAUGAAAGGGGCAGUAUUUCGUCAAAAAACGGUCGGUGAGGGCGCCUUUCCGCCACUCCAGGGCCGCCCCAUCGGCGAGUUAGUGGAUAUGUAUCACAACCGCGAAGCCACCGUCCUUCAUGACAAAUUAUUCGCGCUGUAUGGGAUGGCAAUUCCAAGCUUCACACCGGAUUACAGUAUUUCAUGGGACGAGGUGUUGCGCCAACUCUCUCGACGCAUACUGGGUAGUACUCAGCUGAUCAGGACAUGGAAAAAUACAGAAAUGGCCGUGAUCAGGGGGAAAGGGGCUCUUUUGGGCAGGGUAGCGGAGGUGAACCAAGUCGCCCAGGAUGGGCGGCAAAACGUGGUCAUUGACUACACGCUGGCCGAUUAUGGGUGGUCGCCUGAAUGGCCUAGUGAGGCGACGUCCCUCCCGCCAUCAGUAAACGCUGUCCAGCCGGGCGAUAUUGUGUGCAAGCUGAAGAAUGCCGGGAGCCCGAUGAUCAUUAGACCACACGUGGAUUACUUCUCAGUUGUCAUGGUCACGGUUUCUCUUAGACGACCAUUACCCAAUGAGAAGCCGGCUGUUUGGAUGACAAAGAGCUUUCUUCUUGUUUGGGACUGGGCACAUGGCGCAUCAGGCCCCGAUGCCAAGUUCGACGUUCUAGUUGCACGUCAUGAUCUUGAUCACGGGCUCGAUGACCGGUUGAGGAGGGGGUUUGACAUGGCUUCCGUAUUCCUGGAGAAGCCAGCAACACUGGCAAGGCCCGUAGAUUCUCCCAAUCAUGUGAAGAUACAGGGGCUCCUUAGCGAUGGGGUUAAGCUAGCUGAGAAAGAGUACGGGCGCAACGACCGGAAGACGGUGAACGUAAAGAUCGGGACUGCUUUGUAUGACUGGGACGUGAGGAAGUUGAGGGAGGUCAGAGCAAAGCUUCGACGACUCAUGGAAAAGAGGCUGCUCGUUGAAGGCCUCUACCCCAACCUGAUGACGGACCGUGAAAGCUUGGCCAAGCUGUAUAGGAGAGAACUUGAAGUGAUUGAGCUGAAACACCAAAAGGGGGACCAGGAAAACCAUCACGCUUGUUCGUUGGAAGAGGAUGGUUUGGUACACCAAAUCAUGUUCUGCGAAUUGGCAAGGAGCCCAAAAGAGCACCAGAAUCGCGUUUCACAAUCUUUCGGCCCACGUAUUCCGGAUAUCAACGAUUUCCUUGAAGACUACCGAGCCAUCCGAGGCCUCAUGGACAUCAUACUCACGAUAAAGGGUGACGGACUCGAAAUAAAGAUGUAUUUGAUGAAUAGGGUGACGUGCCAUCCUCUAGGGGGCGAUAUGAUGUGGUAUAUAUACUCUUGUGGGUUAGAGGCACGUUUUCCCGAGCCCGACAAAGCCUUGCUGCUUAGAGCAGCGGCGCGCGAGGAGCAAGGGGAUCUCAUGUUGGAAGCAAUCUCGGAAGGACACAAUGCCAUAAGGCUGAAACUUGGCGAUCUGGAAGACCUACUUCUGGCGGGUGCCAACAAUAAAAAUAGUGGGAGCACAGUCGUAAGAAUGUUGCUCAGUCGUUUCGUGCUGGAUUGGAAGUUUACGGUCACAAAGGAAAUGGUGAUAUCAGCUGCUAGCAAUGUCAAGCAUGGGGAGCUAAUAUUACGGCAGCUUCUGGAUCACCAAAAUUUUGACACACUUGAUGUUACUGGCGGGACCCUUAGAGCAGUGAUCAAGAUGGGGAAGCAUGGGCAAGCUAUUAUGGAUUUGCUUCGCGAGUUUGAUAGUGAGCAGGAAGAGCUUGAGAAAAGCAGCUGGCGGCGUUGGCUCGAACGGAGCCGGCAUUGA